UCUAUGGUGUAACCUUUGACCGCGCGCACAAGGUAAAUCCGAAGGUCUUUUUUAUAAUUAUGAUUAUCUGCAGCUAGCUAGCUAGCUCGAUUGCAGCAUAGUAGAACUAUAGUUCUCAGCAGCAGUAUGGCUCAUACUAGCAGUGUCGAAGGCAAAGGCAAACCAUCCAACAGUUGCAACGCCAAGAAGAUGAAACCUAGCGGGUACAAUAAACCUGUCUUCCUGAGUCUCUGGUACUUCUUAACAAUACGCCCAGCACUUAACUUCCUGCUCGAAGGGGUUGUCAGUUGUCUUGGACCUGGCUGGACUAGGACUGGUCAUGACACUUCCUAAAUACUGCAUGUGUAUGUGUGGUAUGUGUGUGUCAUGGAUAUAGGGGUGGUAUAGAUUAUGCUCGAGAUAUUACCUAUUAUGCUAUUCUUUUCUGCUCAAGUAAACAGCCUAUUCUUCUUCAAAUCGCCUAUUCAUUCCCACAUUAUUCCUCCAAAGCACAACAUAGGCGCCAUGUCGUCACACAAGUAACAUCAAACUUGCCACGUGACUCGAUCUAUAAUAUAGAAUUGCAAGGAGGUAAUUAACCACCAGUAAUUCCAAUUGUUUAUACUAUAAUUAUGACUCGUAUACUGACCUGUAUUUCUGUGAAACCUGCCUAUUAUUCUCAUGCAUAAUUGCCUUAUGCCAGCAUAAUUCUCACCAAAAUAAUGUACCUAUUAUGCUCAAAAUUAUGCUAGAUAAUCUACCAACCCCCAUGGACCGGUAUCAGAGGAAUGAAUGACUCCCCGGUGGGAGUGACCCCCCCCCGGUCAUUCCUGCAUGCACACUGUUAAAAAAAUUCUGGUGAGCUUCACCAAAAAAUGGUGGUGAGAUGUUGUCCCAUAUCUCACCAAAAUAUGCAUGGUGAUCGUCACCAAUUUAGUUUUCACCAACAAUUGGUAUAGUGAAUUAACUUCACCAGUACUUUAUGGUGAAUUAUUGAUUGGUGAAGCUCUGUUGGUGGUGAGCCUUACUACUGCAUGUGUUCUCAACUUCUGACAUGCAAAUUCUGACAUGCAUGCAUGCAUGCACAUAAAAUUAGACACUUUUCAAAUCAGAAUCAAUACAACAUGGAUUCACACAAGAACAAUUUAAUAGGCCAACAACAGGCAAUAGAAAUAAUACACUAUAACAACAAACACAGACUGGUACACUGCAUCAUGAUAAUUAUAUAUAAUUAUUAUUAGGAGAACAUAAUUAUAGUCUACUUUAAAAGUUAUAGUUUAAAAGUCAGAGUUAAAGGCACAUGGUGAUGCAGAGCUAGCUAUAGCUAAAUGUUUAACUCAGCACAAAGCCUGUUCAGUUUUGUUCUCUUGGAGUCCACCUUUCUGUCAAGAAAGAAUACCUCCAAAGCUGUAUAGAAGUUGACACAGCCUUCUGUGAAAGACAGAUUAAAUACAUAAAAUGUAUACUCAGGAGCACAAGAGGUGCCAUCUUUGGUGGAAAUGUUGCCAGUAGAUCCCUCUCGACAAAGAGCUUCGUCACUUGAACCUCGCUGGAGGAAUGCCCAUUUAUCCACAGAAGAGGCUGGGCAGUUAAUUCACUCCGCUCUGUUGAGUCAUCCUAAAGCAAAAAGAUAAGUUGUUAAUGUUUGUUUAGCUACGUACGCCCGUUUAGCGUAUUACUACAAUAUUUUGCUGGUAAAAACCUUUGCGAAUGAGCCAAAUCAGCAGAAAAUUUGACCCUUUGCGAUCUAACUAUUGCGUCUGUGUGGAUUUUAUUGUUGCAUAUUGAUCAACCAUUGCAAAGUUUGAUACUCGCAAAACAUUCUAGUAAUACGGUAUAUCUUAAUGCGGCGUACAUGUAUUUUACAGGGAGUGAAGGCAUAAUUAUUGUAUUGUAAGGGUUGCCUUUACCUCUGUCAGAAUAAUUCUCUUGUGGUCUGCCUUAAAUCGGGUGUCAGUUAGCAUGUAGUAGAGGCAGAAUAAACUCAACAUACUGUGAGACUCGGCUGUAUACGAUGUAAUGUGCAUGCAGCAGUAAAGCAAUACGUACAGUUACAGUGUUACGUGCAGUUAUACAAAGGUAUUUCGUCUAGCUAUACAGUACAUAUCCUAUAAUAGCGAAUAAUUUUCCCAGUGCAUUGUACCUGUUACAAACUCAAUGGUGCACGCACGUCAACUUUGCUAGAGCAUCUUGAAUUGCCGUACAUUCUUGCAUGUUAGCGGCUAAGCGUAUCACUUUGGGGCACAAAACCUCCCAUGCCCUGAUGGUGAUUUCUUUUCCCUGGAUGCGGCUAAAUUCCCUGACUAACUAAUAAUGUAUAAUUAUACAUGUAUGUAGUUAUUGUGCUGAAAUAGUACAUGUACCUCAGUUGGCUCUGCCAGUGGUGGAUAUUUGGCCACAAUGUCCAGUAUAGGGGUUAUGCUCUCCAAUAUGUCAGUUCGGCGAAAGCCGAAUGUCUUUAACAUGAGACUUUUUGUGAUCUGGUCAGAUAAAAUAGUAAUCAUGACAAUUAUAAUAUAAAUUGCAAUCACCUCCUGAUUGGAGUUGUGUCUUUUGUUGCACUCGAGUGUUAGUCGCUUUAUGUGCCGUUCAAAAGCAGGCCUAUCCUCUGAGAGGUGUGGUGUCAUUGAAGGAGCACUAGGAAAAACGAUUUUUGUCCCUACUCCUGCUCUCGUUUUCCCGUUCCCCCUCUUUUCCCUGUCUGGUUUCCGGACAUAGUUCAUACGGAGUUAUAUGUCUUGUGCAAGAACUUUCUACAUAAUUAGAUAAACCAAUAAGGCCAUCUCAGAAAAUAUGCCUAUAUACAUGUACAACGAAAUAAAUAUUUUAUGUUACUGUUGCUAUGUAGCUAAACCAAUGAGUGUGAUAAUUAUAGCUUAGGAUUGUAUAAUAGUAUGAUUGGGAUAUUUUAGUGGCAUAUACGUACGUGUCUUCCCAGAAAUGGCCAUUUUUUCACUGCUUGGAGUGCAACCUCCUGAUAUUCGUCAGACAGUGGCCGGGAUUUAUGUUGAAAAAUAGCUUCUGCAAUCGUAUUUUGUUCUGUUUCUUCCAAUCAAUACGCCCUUUUUGAUGCUUUCCAUGAUGGUUGCCUGAAAAUUUUCAGGCAAAGGAAGCGGCCGUGCAUGGGAGUGGCUUUUCCUGAGGUCUCUUUGAGCUGAUUCUUGUUUCUAUUUUUUUUUUUUGGUGUUUCCUAGUGCAUAUAAUAAUAAUAAAAAUGCAUUGUAUACAAACACUGUACCUGAUCUAGUGGAGUUGACGCCUCAAUAGGUGUUGUGUCCAGCAUAGAUGUUGUGUCCAGCUGUAAUUAAGUAAUGUAUACUGUAUAUAGCUAGAAAUGUUUGCGGCCCAAAAGUUCUGUGAAUAGCUGUAAAAAGACCUUUAAUUUGCGGAUAAUAUUUCUGCGUUUACUCAUUCAUUCGAAUUUUUGGGCCAUAGAAAUGUUUAGCUCUACAGUAUAUACAUCUAGUAAUUAAUACAUUAUUAGUUUUACCUGUUGUGAGGUCAACCCGCUGCUGUACGUGCUGUCAUGUUGAAUUUCAUCAUCAGACAACUGCCAAAUGCAUAAUUAAGUAAAUUUGACUUCGUAAAUCAAUUUUGUGAGAUGAUUACCUCGAUUCUCUCGCUAGUACUAUAGCUAGUACUAGCGUCCCCCUCGUACAGAGUCUGUAAAAAUUAAUAAUUUAGAACGUGACAUUCAUUUGAUAUAUACUACAUGUUAUUACCUGAUUCAGGAAAGAGUCCCCCAUGCCUGAUACUGAUGGUGUGAGUAUACAAGUGCCUAUAGUUAUAAUAAUUAAGCCAAUGUUUUCUUACCAUGUUAGUAUUAUUCCGGAGAAUAAUCGUAACAGUUUUGUAUGUGGUCCAACCUUCGGUACCAGCAUUCUAAUUUGGUCGUCAGGCAGCUCCAAGAACACCUCACCAUCAAUUUCUUGCUCUAUAAUAAUUAUUAUAUGUAAUAAUAAUUCUACAAUGUAAAGUAUGGCUAUAUGUCACAACUGCAUACCGUACUUAUUUGAUUUAAAGCGACACUAAAAAUAAUUAUGAAGCCAGAGGUCGUUUCCUUUGGAGGUUGAAAAAUUAUGUUGAAGUUCUGGUGUCGCAUAUUUAGAGGGUCGCAUAUAAUUGGAGGUUAUUCUUCUGUCCUCGAUUAUAGGCCACUUAAAUUACAUUGUUUCUUGCCAUGCUAAGAACUGACGCAGUUUGUGAACAGGUGUUGAAUUCACAUUUUGCCCCUGGUGAAGUGAUCAGUGACUUCUGUGACGGACAGAAAUUCAGCUCACCAAACUCUCUUUUUUUCAAAGAUCCCUGUGCUUUGCAAAUACAGCUGUAUUAUGAUGAGCUUGAGGUGUGUAAUCCGCAUGGGAGCAAAGCUAAGAAACACAAGCUAGGUCUGGCCUACUAUUGUCUGGGAAAUCUACAUCCCAAGUAUCGCUCCUCUCUGAGCUGUAUUCAGCUGCUGUUUGUCACAAAGUACACCAGCAUUGAGAAACACGGCUACAACCUCCUCUUUAAACCUAUCGUGGAUGCUGUGCUUGAUUUAGAAAAGGAUGAUGGUGUCGUAUUUGAACGUGACGACGGUACUGAGAUGGCGCUUCGAGGCACUAUCACAACAUUCUCAGCUGACAACAAGGCAGCAUGGAGCAUUGCAGGCUUCAAGGAUCUCGGUAGGGCAUUUCGGAGGUGCCAGUUUUGUCUAGCUGUUAAUGAAGACAUGCAGACCAAGUUUAUUGAGAGUGUGUUUACCGUUCGAAGUAAAGAGAUCUAUCAUCAUCAUUGUGAAUCAUUAGGAGGCCCUCUUCACGAGCAUAUGGCGACAACAUACGGAAUGUGGAGAAAUUCUGAGCUUAACAGGUUAAAAUACUUCCAUGUCACCACUGGAAUGGUAUCAGAUAUUAUGCACGAUAUUUUGGAGGGUUCGUUGGAGCUUUGUAUUCGGCAUCUCCUAGUUGAGUAUAUUCGGCAACGGAAAGCUUUCUCUCUCAGUACUCUCAAUGAGCGUAUCAAAACGUUCACGUAUGGUGUUGACCUCAAAAGCAAACCGAGUGAGCUAUCUACAAUCCACCCUGAUGUCGCACUGAAGCAGUCAGCAUCUCAGAUGUGGUGCUUGGGACGGAUUCUUCCGCUUUUGAUUGGGGACCUUGUUGAAGAAGAUGAUGAGAAUUGGGACAAAUUUCUCAAUCUCCUCACUAUCAUUGAUUUUGUGUUUGCUCCAUCCAUCACUCCUGACAAGGCUGACCUUGUUGCUGUUCUUGUUGAAGAUUUUCUUUUUGAAUUCAGGAAGCUUUAUCCAUCAAGAAACUUGACACCCAAGAUGCACUAUACUGUUCACAUACCGUCUUGGAUGAAGCUGUGUGGACCACUGUACAGGGUUUGGUGCAUGAGGUUUGAAGCAAAGCACAGCUUCUUGCUAUCAUACUCGGAAAUUUAAAGAAUUUACCAAAAACCCUCAGUGAGCGUCAUCAAGCUUUCAUGUGCUAUCAGCACUCUGACCGCAAAAGAUAUCUACGAUCACCGCCUAUGUACAGUAAAGGCAAAUCUGUGUACCCUGUUUCCCUCCCCUACCUGAAUGCCCUCCGAGAGUUCGAUCCACUUUUAGAUCUGAUGGCACCUGUUCAAAUAUGCUGAGGAGAGGGCGUACUUCCUCAAGACUCAGGCUGAGCGGAGACAGAGACACUUGAAGGGGAAAAAGCACAACCAGAUGAGCUCAGAACACACGACUGGUCCUGGUCACCAUUGACUAGUACUAGAGCUCCUCUCCCUCACAAAGACUAACUACACAACAACUCAAGGAGACACUGCAAACAUCGCAGCCAUUUAUAGCUAUAAAAUAUGCUGAGGAGAGAGCGUACUUCCUCAAGACCCAGGCCGAGCGGAGACAGAGACACUUGAAGGGGAAGAAGCACAACCAGAUGAGGGGACAAGAUAAGGUGAUCAAUAAGGCGCUGAGGAGAGGUCGUGGUUAUGAGGAAAUGAGAUACACUGAUAGGUCAGUUGAUAAGUCAUGUGACAAGUCAGGUGUCAAAUCCAGUGAACGUGUGCCUCCUGUGAAAAGCAAACGCGUCCACAUUAAGUUCUCUGAUAGUGACACUGAACAAUAAUCACUCCUC